AUAAAAAAAUAAAAAAAUUCGGAAGAUUUGCAACAAAAUGCGGUCGGAUCUUGCUUCGUGAGAUGUUAAUCGUGGUGGGUCAUUUUUUUUCCCCCUCCUCCCUUCCUCUUAAAACCAACGCAAACCCACCAAUUUCCCACUCUCUCCUCUCUCUCUCUCUCUGAUUCUGAAUUUGGGGCAAUCAUGGUUAUGGCUGCCGAUUCUCAGUUCCAUGUUCUUGCCGUCGAUGAUAGCCUCAUAGAUAGGAAGCUCAUCGAGAGGCUGCUCAAAACCUCCUCAUAUCAAGUUACUACGGUUGAUUCAGGGAGCAAGGCCUUGGAAUUUCUGGGUUUGAUUGAAGAACAUCAGCGUACAAACUUCAAAUCUCCUUCUUCUUCUUCUUCUUCCUCCUCGAACAUUCAUCAUCAGGAAGUGGAAGUGAAUCUUAUCAUUACUGAUUACUGCAUGCCUGGGAUGACUGGCUUCGAUUUGCUCAAGAAAGUUAAGGAAUCGACGUCUCUUAGAAACAUACCAGUGGUGAUAAUGUCAUCCGAAAACUUACCUUCGAGAAUCAGCAGCAGAUGUUUAGAAGAAGGCGCGGAAGAGUUCUUCCUGAAGCCAGUUCGAUUGUGCGAUGUGAAUAAACUGAAACCGCACAUAAUGAAGACGAAAUUAAAGGAUCAAAAUCAAGAAGAAGAAGAAGAAACAACAGAGACCGAAUUCGAAUCGGUUGAAAAACAACAACAACAACAGAUUCAAAUGAACAGUAGCAACAAGAGAAAGGCGGGGAUGGAUGAAGAAGGUGUAGGAGAGGACAGAAGAAGAAGAAUAAGGUACAAUAGCAAUGGCGUCGCGACUGUGAAUUGAUCGUGUUGAUUAAUGGUGAGGCGCCAUGAGAGAAAUUGUACAUAGAGGUUCUGAAAAUUAGAGGAAGUUUUUUUUUUUUCUUUUCUUUUUUUACUAUGGAGAUUUGUUAUACAAAAAUUUCAAUUUUGUGUCUU